ACAAGAGAAGCUGCAGAGAAUGCUGCCCGCGCUGCCCAAAUUCCUCCUGUCUUCAGGAAACAGCACAUACCCGAUCCAUCCCUCCCAAUCGAAAUGCUUCUCCAAGCUGAACUCCCCCCUCGUGCCGAUCUCCCCCAAACGCUGAGCCUAUGUUUUCUGCUCGCGGACCAUCUGAACGGGCCCAAGAUCUACUCAGGCAACCUAUACCACCGCCUUCAUUCACAAGGAAGAUUCGAGAGCGGUUGAAUCGCGCUCUUCGGGAUGGUGGCCGGUCUAUCCUUUCCCCUUAUGAUGAUCGUCGUAGAUGGCCACUUUGGUCUGGAACAUUUUGGUCAGAGAUAUACCGAAUGCUCGAAAUUCGUGAUCAGUACGACCAAGUGAGGAAGUGGCUGGACGCGAAUCAGACUCCACGCUCCGCCCCUCUUAUCCCUCGGCUGUACGAGGGCUGGAAAAAGUUCAACUGGUCAGAAUUAGAUUCAGAUCUUAAAGCCGACGAUCCCACCGCACAUUUACCUCAACCAGAUCGAUUGUUACCUAUAUUAUCGAAUCAGUGGAUUGAAGAUGACUUGAUGGAUCUCUUAGUUAGACUGACUUCCCUAAACAUGAAGUCAAGGCCAGUGCCUCCAGGGCUCGUUGUACCGCUGCGGUUCUGGAGGGAACUGGUGCACUUAUACGAGAAUGACGGUUUUUUUGAUGAGAUGCACUAUCCAUGCCUAUCCGAAACAUGGCUAACAGUUAAAUCCGGAAAUCUCGACGUUGGAUUCAUCGUCAACGACGCGAAACCCUUGCCAGGCGAUCAGGGGACUCAUUGGACUGCCUGUGUUCUCAGCGUGUCGACAGGGGAAUACCGCUUCGGGGAUUCCUUGGACGCCCAACCGCCCCUACUGCUUCAACCUGCCCUCGAAUUGUGGCUGGCGAGGUGCAAUGCGUUACCACCGGGUGCCCAGCUCCGAAGAGGAAACGACCUCGAUCACGCAUCUCAAACUGACGGAUGGUCCUGUGGGAUUAUUGCCGUGAAUACACUUGAGCAUCACUUCCUUGAUUAUCCUCUGUGGGGCCCCAACAAGAAUGCGGAUAUACGAAUCACCAAGUACAUCAACUUGCUUGAAUACAAUCGCGGAGCCCCGUUACCUCCGCCACGAUCACGUGCUAGCUCCGUCUCCACUGACGCUUCCCAGCGGUCUCGUUCACGAACUAGGACUCUUUCCACCCGUCCAGAUGUUUACUUUGGUGAUAUUCCCGUUGAAGGGCAAGAUUUAGCGGUUUUGAGGGCUGGACACCCGAAGAAGGUGCCGGCAUCUCUUCGAAAUAUCAAGUUACUGUGCCAUUUCGUGCGGAUCAUUCUCGUUCUCGAUCUAAUGUACGUCGCAGGAUCCCGGGCUUUGACAAGCGCCAAGCGAAAUUCCAGGUCGCCAAACACGUAAUGGGCCCGAUCAACCUCUCCCUAUGCAGGACCCUAAUAACUCCCCCCAACUAUCGUCUCGUUCGCCUGCCAUUCAACACUCUCGACCCAUUGGUGUCCCAAGUGCGCCAGCUCACAUUCGACCCACACGUGAUAGAGGCCGCGUUCCUGCUGACAUUCCUGCCGGUCAAGGUGAAUGGGAGCGUGAGUCACCUCAAGAAGAUCGUGGCAGACGACCGCGAC